UGUACUAGUUUUGAUGUUUUACAGAAAUGGUGGACUGAUUUGUGGCUGAAGGAAGGGUUCGCCUCAUUCAUGGAGUACAUGUUUGUUGGUGCCAACUAUCCUGAAUUCAAAAUUUGGCUGCAUUUCGUGAACGACGAAGUUGCAGAAGGCUUCGCAUUGGAUGCACUCAAAAGCUCACAUCCGAUUGAGGUUGAAAUUGAUAAUCCGAAUGAGCUGGAUGAAAUAUACGACAGUAUCACGUACGCGAAAUCGAACUCAGUGAAUCGCAUGUUGUGCAAUUAUCUCGGUGAGGAUGUCUUCCAAAAGGGAUUGAGAAUCUACCUGAAUCGAUUCAAGUACGGAAAUGCCGUAACGGAGGAUUUGUGGAAUGCGCACAGUGAAGCAUCUGGACAGGUCAGUAACAUCUGGCUUGCUCAAUUUUGA